GCUGAAGGCAGCUUGGUGGGAAGCUGGAGCAGAUGGUGAAGCAUUAUGAAGGAGCUUUGCCCCCUGCCCCCAGGGCCGCGGCUGCCUGCUCGCAGGCUUUUCUCCUGCUUCUGAAUGCAGGGAACAGGGAACAGACCGGGGCCCCUCUUUAGCUGAGAGGCCUCGAGUGACCCCACGCCUCUGGGCAGACCCCAGCACGGCGGUGCCUGCAGCCUCCCGCCCCCUGGAUGCGGUCUGAAGCAGCGACGCGACAUGGACAAAGCCAUGCUGCAGGACGAGGCCGGCUGGUGCUGCAGCUCUCGGUGGAGCUGUUUCACACCGUUCUGCGCGCUGGGCGGGCGGUACCUCUGUGCGAGGUGCAAAACAAGGGGCUGCCUCCUGUCUCCGCUGCCGGCAGGGCAUGGCGCUCACCCUCUCCUAUGUGCUGCUCGCCUUCCUCACCCUGCUGCUCCUGUCCUGGGGUUCAGGGAUUCUCAAGAGUCAAGUGGUUCUUGUGACAGUAGGAGAGCCCGUGUCGAUGGAGUGUCCUUUCCACAAGUACAACGGCACUAGCAAUCCAUUCUAUGAGAUCCUCUGGAGCCAUAGGAAUGACUUGAGAAGGGUCCUGCAGUUUAGGAUGACACGGUCCAACCAGUCCUGUGUGUAUGACAGCAAAGGCCGCUUCAGCGGCGCUCUGGAUUUUGGAAGCAGCGUGAGCUUUCUCAACAUCUCAACCGUGCUUAUGAAUGACACUGGCCCUUACUUCUGCUACGUGAAGAUAGGGAACAGCGAUCCGACUACAAAGAUGAUUUUCCUGCUCGUGAGAGGUCAGCAGCCCUGGGCGGCCCCUGGGGACCUCAGCUACUCUGCACUUCAGGGCAGUAAAGUCACCUUGGACUGUGAUUUCCCCACUAACCUGACUGGCAACUUCACAGACCUCUUUUGGCUGCACAAACGAGACCAGAGCCCAUCCCGACUCAUAGCAUGGCACCUCAGGUCCAGUUUCCAGGUUGAGAACGGCAGCAUUGGAAGUCGUUUCCAGAGCUCAUUAGAUCUGGAAAAUGACCGGAGCCGUCUCACCAUUACUGGGUUGGAAGAGGAGGACAGUGGCUGGUACCAGUGUCAGAGAGGCCUGGGAGAGCCGUCUGGCGGGCAGAGAGGGAGGGGAACCAACCUCACUGUGAAAGGCUCUUCAUCUGUCCUGCUGGUGUGUUUGAGGAGCGCUGUGUUUGCUGCGAUUGCUCCGUGCUUGUAUGUUCUGUACAGGUGUUAUGUCCAGCUGAAGAGACAGAACACCUUGGCAGAUGGACUGCAUCCCCACUGUGGGCCUUCAGAGACCAUGGGCAGGGAGACCACGAGCAGGGAAGCCAUCUACGUCAGCACUGGCAGCACGGAGUACAGCCUCCUCACUUUCCCAGGAAGGAACCCUGCAGCAGGGGACGUGGGACAAAGAUGACAGCCCAGAAGGGCCCAGCAGGACACAGGGAUCUGUGCUGCACAUGCUGUGUUCAUGGCACCAUGGAUAAUUCUUCUCCAUUGUGUAUCAUGCGAAGGUCUCUAGCAAACUCCUCUCUCCUUCAGCAGUUGUUUCUCCUGUUCAAUUAAAUCCUCUUGAGAGCA